AUGGACGAAUUAAGAUGUUCAAACGAAGAAGAAGCGCAGCGAUUCCUAUCCCUGGUAGAGGAACAUUUGCAAAGGCAGAAGCAACAGCCGACAUCGCCAAUCUACCCCAUUAGGCCCACUCAGUCAGUUUUGGGUGCUUUCACACGUUUCAGAGAGCAUCUAGAGGAGCAGCAGCGAAUAAUCGAUCAGAGCAAGAAGAGAAUACGGGAGGCACAGGAAAGUGCAGCGGCUAAGCAGAGGGAGGAAGAAGCCACGGAACGCAAAGAACAAGAGAAAAGGGAACGAGAAGCCAAGCAGCGAGCUGAACUUGCACGACAAAAGGAAGAGCUAAGGAAGCUGGAAAGAAGACACGAGUGGUCAGAUGCAUGGAAGAGGUACGAGAAUGGUUGGAAAUCCGCAGACGACACGGACAACCUCGGCGGCAAUAAAAUCCCAUGGCCGACAAAAUCAGGACUACGACAAGAUUUGAGCGAGUCAAGUGUGCGACAAUUCUUUCAGAAAACGGCAUUUGUUUAUUCCUCCAACGAUCACGCUGAAGAAUUGUUCCAGACCAUGACAAAGGAGACGAAACGGUGGCAUUCUGACAAGAUCCAACAUCGCUUCAGACGAGAUAUCUUCCAAAGCAAGUACAGAGAAGAUAUUGACAUGGUCACCAAGCUGAUUGUGGUUUUGUGGAAAGAAGCAAAGAUGGGAAGAGGGGGAAACAAAUGA